AUGUCUCCCGUCGCUAGUUCUUCAAAACCUAGCUCAACUAUCAUUCAUGACUACACAGAAGGAGCGACACCGAUUGACAUUGAAGCCGCCAUAUCCUACCGUCGACUCUCAAGACGUGAUUCCCAAUACAGUGCCUAUGAUGAUACGGUUGAAGGAAGUAUUUUCAGUGGGCCAGGCCAUUCCGCCGUUCCCUCCAGUGUGUCGCGAAUGUCGCAUGUGGAGCCAGGGAGGAGAAGUAGCGAAGGAUGGACACGUAGUCGAAGGAAAAGCAUCGACUCUGGGCGGCGUAGUUUGGACAGAAGGUUGAGCCAGGAUAGCCAGGUUUCUCAAACUAAUAAUGGUUUUUUGGGCUCGGAAGACGGCGAAGGUGGAAGCGACGCAGAUGGCUAUUCGAUGAGAAGAGCAAGGCAUAGAUCUCCUUCGCCUGUUGGUCGUUCAGGUGUCAUCAGCGGCUUAGUCAGUCUUUUUGGAAAGUCCACUACCCUGACUCAGGACUCUGGCACUGGUCACCGCUCCAGGCGCUCUUCUGUCUCGCGAAGGUCUUCCGGAUCGGUUGGCCGACGUUCACGCUCAGAAGUAGGGUCUGAUUACGCCGUCGAAAGUGACGACGAGCAGGAGCGCUGGGGGUAUUCAUCCGGAGAAGAUCUGUCUGACGAAGCCGACGCCACUCGUUCUCUUAUUUCUCGCGAUGACAUCUCUACUACCGCUAGUAUGCAGUACGAUUCCGAGCCCCCUUCUCCCUCUCUCGCGCAAAACCUACCGCUUUUGAAUUCCGACCCUAUAUUUGGAGGAGAGUCGCGUAUCGACAUUGAGAUACCAUUCUCGGAUUCGGAGCCAACUCCCUCGGGUCCGCCAAGUCGACAAACACUCUAUAUGGAGGACGAGGACACCACCAUCCGUAUGAUAGGAUACGAAGCGAUUGUCUGGCGACAGCAUCUCUGGCGGCUCAGCUGUUUCCUUACAUGUGGAAUACUAGCACUCCUGGGACACUGGCUUCCUCGAUUAUGGUUGCGCUGGGUUACGCGUGAAACGUCCUUCAAGAAUAUCAGAAAAGGGUUCGUCGUUGUAGAGACCCAGCAUACAGAUGUCGCUCUGUUUCCAAUGAAGAUAAUGGAGUAUCCCUAUCCCAUUUAUACCGCACUUCCCGCGGAUAUUCCAGACGCACUAGGAUUUGCUGCACCGGGAGAAGUAUCGGACGACACAUACGAUGAGGAGAGUAAAGUACUCCGCAAGUUGUUGACGGUUGAUUAUCGGUAUACUCGAUUCAUACUUGAUCCACGAACGGGGCUUUUCGUAGUUCUCAGACAAUGGCGAGACUCGACUUGGACUUCACCUGCGUCCGUCAGUACUGGUUUGGAACAAGGGACCCGACGACAACGCCUACACCUGUUCGGCAAUAACGCGAUCGACAUUCUAGGGAAAUCCACACUUUCUUUAUUAGUGGACGAGGCAAUCCAUCCAUUCUAUAUUUUCCAAAUUGCUAGCGUCAUACUAUGGUCUCUGGAUGACUAUUACUACUAUGCAUUCUGCAUUGCCGUCAUCUCAAUAGCCAGCAUUACAGCUACAUUAAUUGAUACCAAGAAGACAAUAGCACGGAUGCGCGACAUGUCCCGUUUCUCGUGCAAAGUAGACGUCCUGAUCAAUGGCUCCUGGACCGAAAAAGACUCGACCGAACUAGUUCCAGGAGAUCUCAUCAACCUGUCCAGCUCACAGCUCCCCAUUGUGCCGUCUGACUUGUUCCUUCUCUCUGGUGAUGCCAUUGUGAAUGAGAGCAUGUUGACUGGAGAGAGUAUUCCAGUUAGCAAGGUUCCUGUGAAGGACGAUGAUUUAAUGAAGUGGAAAAGCGGGAGGUCGGAGAAUCCCAAGGCUUUCUUGUAUGGUGGUACCAAGAUUGUGAGGAUAAGGGGUGCUAUGUCGGUUGAUUCUGUUGUUGGAAGGCCGGCUCUUGCUUUGGUUGCGCGAACUGGCUUCAACACUACAAAGGGUGCUUUAGUCCGGUCGAUGUUGUUCCCCAAACCCAUCGGUUUUAAAUUCUAUAGGGACUCAAUGAGAUUCAUCGGUGUUCUCACAGGAAUAGCAGUACUCGGAUUCAGUCUUAGUGCGGUGAAUUUCGUAAGGAUUGGGCUACCUUGGCAUACCAUCCUCGUCCGAGCUCUGGACCUCAUCACCGUUGUUGUCCCACCUGCUCUCCCUGCCACCCUUUCAAUUGGAACGAGUUUCGCAAUUGGGAGGCUCAGGAAGUCAGGUAUCUUUUGUACUUCUCCCACCCGUGUCAACAUCGCCGGAAAAGUGAAUGUGUGUUGCUUCGACAAAACCGGGACGUUAACUGAAGAUGGACUCGAUAUCCUGGGAGCACGAGCGAUCGACCGGAAUGGACAUGGAUUUGGAGAGUUACUUGAAGACAUUCACGAUCUUCCUUUGGGUAACGAUAGAGCGUCGUUUUUGCAUGCGCUUGCUACCUGUCAUUCGUUGAAGAAGGUUGAAGGCGAGAUGGUCGGGGAUCCGUUGGAUAUGAAGAUGUUCGAGUUUACGAAGUGGACUUUGGAGGAAGGACAUGCUGUUUCGGGGACGGGAGUGAUCAAGGAUAAGACGGGUGCGGUGAGGGAGCAAACGAGUCUUGUCCAAACUGUGGUUAGGCCGCCUGGGAGUGCGCAGUUUAGAUUAGAGGACGCCUUGAAGGGAGGUACGAAGCGCGCACAUUUCCUGGAGUUGGGUGUCAUACGAACAUUCGAAUUUGUUUCCGCUCUGAGGAGAAUGAGUGUGAUUGUUAAGCGGUUGAAGAGCCCCAGCAUGGAAAUUUACGUGAAGGGCGCUCCCGAGGUUAUGGCUGAAAUUUGCGAGAAAGACUCGUUUCCUCAGGAUUACGAUGAUCUCCUGUCUUACUAUACGAAGCGUGGUUACCGUGUGAUCGCUAUGGCUGGCAAGAGUAUCGAGGGUCUUUCUUGGCUGAAAGCUCAGCGCAUGAAGAGGGAACAAACCGAAAGCAAGUUGCGUUUUCUGGGUCUAGUCAUCUUCGAGAACAAGAUAAAACCUGGCACUGCUCCGGCUAUACAAGCUCUACGUUCUGCUCAUCUUGCCUGUAGAAUGAUCACUGGGGAUAACUCGUUGACCGCUGUCAGCGUAGCAAGGGAAUGCGGUUUGAUUAACCAAGCUGCGCACAUAUUUUCUCCUGCAUUCGCCUUCGGCGAUUCUGCGUCGCCAGAUGCUCGAUUGGAAUGGUCUUCGGUGGACGAGCCUUCGUGGAAAUUGGAUCCUUACAGUUUGAAGCCCUUACCCGCGCCACCUCACUACACUGUUGACGAGGACGACCUCGGUUACCAUGAUUAUUCUCUUGUUAUAUCUGGCGAUGCUUUUCGAUGGAUGGUUAACUAUGCAUCCCUUGAAACCAUGCAGAGACUGCUUGUGAAAGCGCAGAUCUUUGCACGUAUGUCCCCUGACGAGAAGAACGAGAUUGUAGAGCGACUUCAAGCGCUCGGGUAUACCGUCCUUAUGGCUGGUGAUGGAGCGAAUGAUUGUGCUGCUCUCAAGGCUGCUGAUGUGGGAAUCUCACUUUCGGAAGCUGAAGCAAGCGUUGCUGCUCCCUUCACCUCGAGUAUACCAGACAUCGGCUGUGUUAUUGAACUCAUCAAGGAAGGACGUGCAGCUUUGGUGACCAGCUUUAGCUGCUUCAAAUACAUGGCUCUGUAUUCCCUUAUCCAGUUCACGUCGGUAACGCUCUUGUACUCCUUUGCUUCGUCCCUUGGAGAUUUUCAGUUUUUGUAUAUCGAUCUAUUCAUUAUCAUUCCCGUCGCGGUCACUAUGGGCAGGACUUUGCCGUUCCCGCGCAUCCAUCCGAAGCGGCCAACAGCAAGUCUUGUUUCAAAGAGAGUACUAGCAAGUAUAAUCGGACAAAUGAUUGUUACGAGUGCGGUGCAGACGUGGGCAUAUCUUUGGGUGCGGAGUCGAGAGUGGUACAAGCCUCCGCCUGGUCCUGAUCCUAAGGAGGGGGGAAACCAACUUGAAUCGCAAAAUUUUGAAAACACUGUGCUGUUUUUAGUAACGUGCUUCCAGUAUAUUCUUGUUGCAGCUAUCUUCAGCAUUGGGCCUCCCUAUCGCAAACCAAUGUAUACAAAUGCGUUACUGAUGAUAGCUCUGAUCGCGCUGUCAUUUUUCAACCUACUGGUAUUAUUGGCGCCACCGUUAACGGUUACAAAGAUCUUGGAGUUGAUGACAUUACCGGUCGAAGGGAGAUGGACGCUGUUCAUCGCAGUGGUCACCAAUAUCGGGAUGUGUCUGUUAUACGAACAAUACGGUACUGAGGUGGUUGCUAAAGUGAUAGGGCAGAUACUGAGGUGGCGGCGUGAACGACGAAAGACAAGAGAAGCAGAGGGGAAUAUCUACAAGGCUGUGGAAGGAGGAAUGAGAUGA